AUGGCAAGCAUAGCGCUCGUUCUCAUGGUUUGUUUCCUGGGUUUCUUCGUGCCCGCCCCCUCCCUUGCGUCGUCCUCCAACGACACCGACUUCCUCCGCUGCAUCUCGACGAGCGUCCCCAGCCAGCUCGUGCAGACGCCGAACUCACCGUCGUUCAGGCAGCUCCUGGUGUCGUCCAUCAGGAACGCCAGGUUCGUGGCGCCGGCCACGGCGAGCCCCCCGCUCUGCAUCGUGACGCCCACCAACGCGUCCCACGUCCAGGCCGCCGUGCGCUGCGGGCGCCGUCACGGCGUGCGCGUCCGCGUCCGCAGCGGCGGGCACGACUACGAGGGCCUCUCCUACCGGUCGGUCCACCCCAACAGCGAGGCGUUCGCGGUGAUCGACCUCGCCAAGCUCCACGCCGUCCGCGUCGACCCACGCAAGGCCACCGCGUGGGUCGACUCCGGGGCGUCGAUCGGGGAUCUCUACUACCACGUCGCCACGGCGGAUCCGAGGCUGGGCUUCCCGGCUGGCGUGUGCUCGACCGUGGGCUUGGGGGGCCUCUUCAGCGGCGGCGGCAUGGGCCUAAUGAUGCGCAACCGCGGCGGGGGCGGCGGCAAUUUCGGCAUCGUGCUGUCAUGGAAGGUGAGGCUCGUGCCAGUCCCACCGACGGUGACCUUCUUCAAACUCGCCAAGACCAUGGACCAGGGCGCCGUCAACGCGGUGACCAAAUGGCAAACGCUCGCGCCCGCGCUCCCGGACGACCUCACCAUACGUGUUAUCGUAGAAAAUCGUAGGGCCAACUUCGAAGCCCUGUACCUCGGCAAGUGCGCCGCGGUGGUGCCGACGUUGCGCAGCCGAUUCCCGGAGCUCGGCGUGACGCACGCCGACUGCAAGGAGAUGAGCUGGCUGCAGUACACGGCGUACAUAUACUACGGCGACUCCACCAUCAACCGGUCCAUGGCCCUAGGUCCCUUCAUUAAGAACAAGUCCGACUACGUCCAGAAAGCCCUCACCAACGAGACGUGGGAGAAGAUCUUCCUCUGGCCCAAGGACGCGGCGUCGGGGCAGCUCGUCCUGGAGCCGCACGGUGGUAGAAUGGGCCACAUCGCCGCCAACGACACCCCGUUCCCGCACCGGAGGAGCGUGCUCUACAACAUCCAGUACGUGGAGCACUGGAACGGCAAAGGGCCCGGGGGAGACCUUACGCCUACGCCAAACUGGAUCGGGAGCCUGUACGACUUCAGGGCGCAGUUCGUGAGCAAGAACCCGAGGGCCGCGUACGUUAACUACCGGGACCUCGACAUUGGCGUGAACACGGUGGUCGGCGGAGUGACGAGCUACGAAAGUGGCAAGGUGUGGGGCGAGAGGUAUUUUGGUCCGGCAAACUUUAGGAGACUCGCAGAGGUCAAGCGCAGGGUGGACGCCGGCGACUACUUCCGGAACGAGCAGAGCGUGCCGCCACUUCCCUUGAACUAG